AAAUUUAGUUCUGUGCCUUCUCUUGUGCGUGGUGGUGGACCUUUAAUAAAAGUGCGUGGCAAUGAAUUUCUUUCUGAUGGAUGAAUUGGUGUCCUUUGUCCUGCGGAAAAGGAGCAAUCGCACCACACAACGUCCAAAAGCAACAAUUUUCAAUAUUCCCGUUGAGGAUGUUUUCAUCCCCCUCAUUGCACCCCAUCUUCGUAUUGUGGACAUUAUGAAUUUUGGAGCAUGUUCCCGGCAAUGCCAAGAAAUUGCCACGCAGAUGAUGGCAAAAUACGAGAGUAUACAUAAAGAUUCACGACGGCCCGAAGGAAGGUGGAAUGUGGAGAGAGCGAUCAAUUGUACGAAUUUGCGUGAGAUCUCACUGUGGUUUGAGAGAUCCCUCACGGAUGAACUUUUCACGGAGCUCAUCAAGAAUAAUCCCAAAGUGCACACGGUGAAGUUGAUAAAGUGCAAAAGGAUCACCCCAAAGGGCCUCAAUGCCCUCCUACGUGCCAGACAUCUGCGCACAUUGGAGCUUAUGAAUAUCAACUGUGAUGAUGAAUUUCUCAUCAAAUUGGCGGAUUGCAAUAGGAAAUUGACCAAUUUGCGACUCUCCUGCAACUUCCAAAUGACCACCAAUACUCUCGUAACGUUCUUCAUGAAUCAACCGCGUCUAGAGUACGUUAUGCUGCGUAACGAAGGAUAUGUCUCCUUGAAAGAGAUUGUCCAAACAAUUGUAGAAACAGCACGGAAUAGCUUACGUAUUAUCAUGAUAAAGGAUCCCGCAAAGACUCUAGGAAAGACGGUCCUUGAAUCUGCCUCCUUAACCUGCCCUAACAUGAUCUUCUAUCUCUAUGAGAGUCAUGCACUUAAAGAAAUAAGCAAAGGUAUACUCGCCAAUCGACCUGUAAACGAUGAAGAUGAUAUAUUCUGGAUGAAUGGCAUCAAUAACUAUGGAACGUGCUUCCAGUUAAUACUUAAUUCUGAUCGACUUGCUCAGAGACGAGCAGCAGCUAUAAGAAGAUUGCAACUCAACCCUAAUUUGGAGACAAUCAGGGAUAAUCGCAGACUGAUGUAUCCGCCGUCACGAGAUCUUCGUAGCUUAUACGAGGAAUGCAGAUGUAUUAUUCAGUAAAUAUAUACAUACAUAGCAAGUAGGUACAUAUUACAGGUUGGACGAUAAAAUACUGAAUAACUAAGUUAGCGAGUUUGAGACCUUAAGGCAAUAAACCUUAAAGUUUUUUUCUUUUUGAAUGGAAAGGAGAAGUUUAGGGAAAUGAGAUUUAUUGAGAAGAAUUUCUUGGCCUAUAUCGGACCUCUUAAUGUACCUACCUCUUAACGAUAAACCUGCUAAUGAAGAAAAUUUUAAGGAAUAAUUAUUUUUACAAUUUUUGACUACUCAGGUCAGGCAAGAGUUUAAGGAGAACCCUAAAUAUCUAUUUUACCAUCCCACAACUUCUGAAACGUCUUUGGGCCAUUUAUUUGGGAGACUUUUUUCCUUAACCCUUAUCUAACCUUAUUGACCCUGGUAAAGGUCCUGAACCUAAAAUCUGGGAAAAUUAUGUGAAAAGUGAUGAAGAAAAAAAAACUACAUAUUAGUACAGUUUAGGCUCUAGCUGCUACAAGUUUUGAAAUUCUUCUGACUUUAGUUUCUUUUUUAAUCUUGACCUAAUUUGUUUAAUGUUAGAUUAGAUUUUUAUAAUGUUAGACCUCUAAGAUUUUAAACUUAGGUCAAGCUUUUGAGCUGAAUGUAUUUUUUAUUGGAUAAUUUUGUACUAAUUUCAUUUUUGGGUAUCUAAGUUUGUGAAGAUCAUCUAAAAAUCCAUUCAACCCUGAUUUUUUAGCCUGAUCUAACCUUAUAACCCUAAAAGUUUAAUCUCUCCUUAAUGUUUUCUAAAACAAAUGCAAAUUUUUAAAUUUUUCAUCUAAAUUUUCCUUUAUUCCGCUAAAGGUUAUCUCAACGUAUUUAAGAGAAAUGAAGGAUUAAACACUAAAAUUAACCUUUGAUCAACGAUUUUGUAAGAUUUUAAAAACUUUUUCACAAGAAUGAGCGAGCAUUAGAUAAUGAAAUCCAAAAUAAAAUCAUUUUCUUCUAAAGUAGACAAAAUUUUUAAAUUCUUUUUGACUUUGGAUAACAUUCUAAGAGUUUUAAAAGUUUUUUUUAAAGAAUUGUGAAAAUAAAAAGCUUUUUAAAACAAAUAAAUUAAAAAAUGUCUUACAAAAUAUUUUUAUUUAUUUCCUUGGAAUUCAACGAUAAAUCGUAUAAAAAAAUAAUUAAUUUUUUUCUCAUAAGUCCCACAAAAAAUGAGCACUGAUAUGCCCCCAUAUUUUUUGUACGAAAAAUGUUAAUAGAUAACACAUGGAAAGGGGGUGGGAAAAUCCGUCUCUUCCAGACGAAAUGAUAUCCUAAUUAUUGGGAAAUUUCAUUGCUGACCUACUUCCUGUUCUACCGCCACCCCCGCAACUCCCCAAACACCAUCAUUCCUUUAUCAAUUCAACUCCAGAGAAAUUCGCAGAGAUUUCUCUUUUCCUCCUUCUUUGCCCUUUCCCACAAUGCUACAUAUGUGUUAUGUUAUGUAUAGCAGUGGGGGCGCCUGGUGUGGGAAAGCCUCCAUAUGGUGGAGGAAGGCGUGUGUGUGUGUGUGUGUGUUGGAGGAUCAACCUACCGCA